AUGUUGGAGCGAGAUGUCAACAAUACUCGCCUUGCACUCGCCAGUCCGCGUACAUUGGGCCUUACUCCAGAUCCAAAUGCGCCUCCUUUAGAACCUCGAUGGUUUUAUGCAGUUGACAGUACACGAUCCAAGAAGCUCAAAUGGGUGGCAUUUUCAAAGAGGGAUUCUGAAGCAUUGGAGAAAGCUCUAGAGUCCAAAGACAUGUCAACCACUGUGCCCGUCAAUGAAGAUCAUUUAUUUGAUGUCAAGGUCUUUUAUCGUACAUUAUCGCCAGUCUAUUGGGAAGGACCCACAUACCCUGUACGGCGUGCAACAUGGUUUAUGCAAUCCGAUGGCUCUAAAUGGGUGCCAUGCGAGGAGGCACUUGCUCAGCAAGUAGAAGCGGGAUAUCGCAAGUACAAGCCUUACAGUGAUCCAAGCCUAGCAGUCAAUGGUAAACGUAAGGAGGAUGCAUCAGCAGCAGCAGCAGCAGCAUCGACCACAACACUCGAGGAAGAGAAAUUGGAGAUAGCGUUGGCAAGUCAACCUGUUGAGAAGCAAUGGAAUUUACUUGGGCCUUAUUUGGGACAAUACGUUGCGUACACGGGUCCACAUACUGCAUGGCUUUUAUCAAAUAGCACUAGCAGCAAAUUGGCCAAAAGCAUCAUCACACGCCUCACCAACAAGCAAAAUCUCGGUGGUACAAGGCUGGUGCGUGGAUAUCAGGAGACCACUGACAGACAAUUACGAGGAUCCAAGUCAUCGCCCUCCCUAUCAACAUUACGUAAAGCUGCUGAGGAACAAGAAGGACAAAGUGUUCAUGAUGACGACGCUAUUUGUAUCGAAGCACCAGGGGCUGAUGAUACCAUCAAAGUGGGUGAUGAGGAUGGUGAAGAACCUCGUCAGAUUGAUCAUUUGGUCUUUGUUAUACCCGGGGCUGGUCAACGAUUUGCUGGUCAAAGUUUCAUUGAUGAUGUUGACAAUUUGCGGAGAGGAGUGAAAUCGGCUUAUGCUGCUGCAAUACGUUCGGAUCGACCCAAUGGUAUUCAAUUCUUACCAGUGCCUUGGCGUCAGGAGAUCAAAUUUGGUAUAUCGCGUGAAGAAGGAUUACAGCACACUGAAGCGGACCUUGGUAUGCCUGAUGGCGAUGAUGGGUGUCCCACUUUGGAGGAGUUGACAGUCGACAGCGUACCCAAUAUCCGGUCACUUGUAUCCAAUGUCAUUAUGGAUAUUCCUUUAUAUCUCACGCCAAAAUACCGCGAGCAAAUGACCACAUCGAUUUGCAGACUUAUCAAUGGCAUCUAUCUACAAUACAUCAAGAGGAAUCCAGACUUUUUGGAGAGGAAUGGAAAAGUAUCCGUGGUGGGCCACUCUCUUGGUGCUCUUAUUGCGCUUGAUAUGCUCUCUUUACAACCUGUUACACCACCUCCUGAUAAAGCAAGCAUGCUCGCUGCCUUGAAGCAACCAGAUCUCUUGAAGCAGUAUCAAAAAUCCAAUGCAUUGCUCUUCACUGCAGAGAACUUUUUUGGACUUGGAUCUCCAGCCGGCGUGAUGUUAUUAGUCAAGGGCACUCGCGUAGCAUCAAGAAAGAGCAAAAGCUUUCGUGGUCAAGAGUCAUCUCAAUGUUGUUACCCAGCGGUAAACAAUUUGUACAAUAUCUUCAACAGGUCUGAUCCGGUGGCGUAUCGACUUGAGCCGCUUAUUUCCCGCCAAUACAGUGCAAACUUCAAACCAGCAAUGAUACCACACAUCAAAGAACUCAUCAUGGAUAAGAAAAAGGGCAAACGUGCAAGUGGUUCGGGUGGAUUAACCAAUCGAGCGGGUGCCAUGUAUGAAUCCAUCAAAUAUGGUCUCACAGCGAAUCUUGUGAUGCGAGGACUUGGACUAUCCAAACAACAAAUGUAUGAGGAUAUGCAAUCAGCCAACAGCAGUGAUGAUGAUGCAGCUGUAUUCGAUCAAUUGACAACAGCACAACAACAAGAUUUGAGCGUCCCUGAAAAUAUUCGAUCGCCUACCCAUUCACGAUCCAGUAGCGAUUCAGCUGUCAUGAUCUCCAUGUGGAACAAUUCACCUGCACGACAAUCACCACCUCCUCCAUUGGCAGAUAAUACAUCACCUUAUUCGGAUGGUGCACGUCGCUUACGAUUACUCAACGUGACUGGAAGAGUUGAUUAUUGUUUACAAGAGAACAAUCUAGACAAUCCUUAUUGGAGCGCAUUGGCCACCCAUCUCAAUUAUUGGAAAGAUCCAGAUGUAGCAGCAUUUUUGGCAAAAGAAAUCUAUAGAGAUCACUGA